GCUGCAAUGUCACAAUUUAAUUAUUUUAUUAGAAUGCUUCAAGUUGUUUGGCCGAAACAUAUAUAUUAUACCGGAACAUCACAUGCUUCAGCGUUUGUCCUGUGACGAAACCUUGCCCCAGCGUUUGACCUGGGUCGUGAACUCGUUCUAGUCCAACUGUCACCUUUUACACUGUUUGCUCGAGAGUCAUUGUGCUAAUCAAUGUCACUCUCAUGGUGGACUUUUGGCUACACUAAUAAUACACAAGAGGCUACCCCUGAUACCAAAGAUUCUGUCAUAGUCGAAGCGCCAAACCGCGCUUCCGAUAUUGUCAAGGAAAGCACUAUGGACACCAUCCCCAGUAGACCAUCACCCAAAGCUGCCUUCACUGUAGAGUCGACGGCGCUCACUGCGUCUCCUGAGGAUUACACAUUUGAUGACACCACGACUGAAUUGUCCGAGGCACGAGGCCUGAAUGCCAAGAUCUUGGCCAACCACCAAAAGCGAGGAGCGUCGUUGCCAUUGGAGAGCUCUAAGUUGUCCUCUACCAUUACAAUAGAAUCCACCUUAACAGAAAAGGCACCUGAGAAAAUGGUGACAACUUCUAAGGAUAGUCUUCCAUCCGAUUCUCCCGCGGAUAGUCGAACUGCAUCAGUUUCCAAAGAGCAACUUAGAGCUAACAUGUCUCCACGACUGAAGCCACGAGAAAGAACGAACUCUGUAACUUCCACUACCUCCUCUAGCUGGAUGCAGAGGCUGAAUACACCACCGAAAGCGACAGCCGCGACUCUCUCUAGCGGGAUCUCCGUUAACGGCGAUAUUCAGCUUCAUCCUUCCAAUAUUACAGCAUUAAUUGGUCAACACGAUGGUGAUUCUCAUUCCGUUUUGACUGCUUCACCGGCUUUAUCUGCUGUCGACCGGCUGACACUGCACAGAACUCAGAGCCUAGACCUGAAAUCGAACACAAGUCAUUCAAACGACGAAGCAGAUCCACCGCACGAACCCCUCCCUGAACCUGUAGGAAAAGGUACUAGUGGAGGCAGUGGUGGAGGUGAUGAUGAUGACGAUGCCAAAAGCCAAAAACGUAAAACAAACGGCGAUAUUGAUGACUCUCACAAGGAGCAGACACAUGAAAGCCAUGACGACGUAAAGGUUUCUGAUGAUCUGUCUUCAGAACAAAAACAACAGAAACCGACUAACGAUUCAACCACGACACUUUGGUCAUGGUUUGCCAAGCCUAAAGACGCAUCCACCAAUCCGACGCAAGAGGAAAAACCGACCAUGAAUGCUCAACCGCAGUCGUCGGAAACACCUAUAGAAGAUGAUCGACAACCCACACCAUCGAUACAUAUACCUGAACCCGAUAACAACUCCAGUCAUUCAGCUGCUCACCCAUCGCCUAGAAAUACCCCAGAAUCGACAACAGGUCAUUCCACAUCCCAAACCAGCUCAAGCUGGGGAUUCUUUUUCCCAACCACUUCGCUUUCAGAUAAGACAUCUCAAGCCACCCCUAUGGAAAAGUCCACCUCCCAAACCGAGUCUGUUAAAUCAGGCACUGCUAGUGUAAAGGAAGUAAAUGCAGCCAAGUCUGAGCAACUGAAAGGUAGCCCAAAGCUUUCUGGCAUCGAUGUUGAUAAAAGAUCGAACGUGUCUUCAAUCAAAGACGACACGGUGGUGAAGAAGAAAGGCAGUUUAUCUUCCCUGACAUCGACUAGCAGACCUACGACCAGUCAACGGACAGUGUCAGGAUCAACAAAUGCAGAGGAUAAAUCCAAGCAGGUGGUCAUAAUAGAGAGAUCCGCCAGUCAGGAUAAGGCGGGGGACACUGCAUCGUUAGCACCAUCGUCUGAGAUCAGCAUGGGCAAGAGCACAUCGACGAAAAAUGUUGUAUUGCCAACAUUCAACUCGCAGUUCAAAUACACACCCACCAUGGAAAUAGCGGCGAAUAACUCGACUCCAACAACUUUAAUUAACAAGGCUCUAAAUGCUAUUAAUGGGUUAUUCGCCAGCAAGGUUCACAAGAGUUACAGUUCUAGUGAUAAUCUAUAUCGCUUGCGAGGUGUGCGGGAGAAAAUGGCCAACUUUAUACAAGAUAUACAGUUGGAACCUGAUACAGUAGCCAGCAAAAGAUUUGUCGUUGUUGGAGUUCAUGGGAGUAUGAUUGGAGAGCCUACUGGAACCUCCACCAAGUUUUGCGAGCAAAUGGUCAAAGGUCUCCGGCAAUAUUUCAACAGUACGCAUGGUAUAUCUAUACCAGAUGAUGCGAUUACAAGCAUUCCAUUGGAAGGAGAGGGAAAAGUGGAAGAUAGAGUCCAGCGAUUGUAUGAUGCUUUGGUUGGCAAUUCAAGUUGGCUAGAUGCCAUUUCUUCGGCAGAUGUGAUAUUUUGGGCUACUCACUCACAGGGUACACCGGUCUCCUCACUACUUCUCGCCAGGCUACUGCAUGAAGGUCACAUACAUAUGGGAAGGCAGCAGUGCGCUAUGUUAGCUAUGGCGGGUAUUUCCCAAGGUCCGUUUCCAGCUUUGAAAGGAAAUCUCAUUGUCAAGUAUUUUGAGGCGGAUGCAGCCAGAGAGCUGUUUGAAUUUAUGGACUCUUCGACUGAGAUUUCUAAGAAAUUUCGUAAAUCUUUAUCCAGCAAUCUCACCGCAGGUGUUAGGAUGGUGCUUGUUGGAUCUAUGCAAGAUCAGGUUGUGCCUCUUUAUUCAGCCGUUAUGUCGAGCGCAUCUCAUCCAAAUCUAUUCCGUGCUAUCUAUAUUGACGGUCAUGUCUACAACGAAGACGACUUUCUUAUCAACUUGAUUAUAUUUGCUCUGCGCUUACGAAAUGCAGGAGUCUCAGACCAUGGUUUGCUAAUUCAUGUCAGUGAGGUUUUAGCCGGAAAUUUAUAUGCUUUAGAAGGCGGCCAUUCCACUAUCUAUGAAGAAGUAGGCGUUUACACCAUGGCUGCUCGCUAUCUAUUUGAGACCCCUCCAUUUGGCAAAAUGACAAUUGCUGCCUGUUCCCCACCUCCUCCACCACCAUUAGCUAAACCAGAACAAGACAUAAUCAAGGCAGGCGAGUCAGCCCCAGUAUACAAUACCAAGCGUUUACCUUCUUGUGACAACGAAGAGCCAGAAAUGGAAGCCUUCCAGGCUAGACUCCGACUGAAUCCUUUCUAUCUGCCUUGGGCCAUGCGUGGUAUCUGUGAUGAUGCGAGAAUCCUGAACGACAAAAUUUUGAACCAGGAACUGGAAAGGUUAAGAACACUCUUUGAGAAAUGGAAUCCAAUAAGCGCCAAAUUGCGUGAGAUCAAAUUCCGUUUGGAACCUUUAAAAGCCAGACUUUGAUGAUCACAUCCCUUACUCCAUCCCUUGCCAUCGCUUUCUCUGUAGACUAAUAUUAUUAUUUUUAAAGGAAAGUCUGCUAUUAUUGUAUCUCUUCACUGCAUUCAAGUUUCCGUCAGCCUGUAGCUAUAAUUUGUUCAACAUGAAAAAUCCCCAUCUCCAAUAA